AUGCUCUCCCUCAUCGAUAGCGACCGCGACGAAGUAUUCUCUCGCCUGCGCAGUUGUCUCUCAUGUCGCACUCGCAAAAUCAAAUGUGACCGCCAACGGCCGUGUGCCAAUUGUGAACGCCUUGACGUGCACUGUGUCUAUCCCCCAGGACCAGGCCGUGCCCCCAAACAACCCCGGGCUACGCGAGAUGCUCGACUGCUGGACCGCGUCUCCAGGCUGGAAACGAUCAUCCGUCGACUGGAAGAGGAGAACGACCAGUUGGCUAAGUCGCCACUUGCCAACCCUAGUCAUGCGUCCAAUUCUACCUCCGGCACGAAUCCGCCAGUUGACAACGUUCUCUGGGCACGCCUGGGAGAUGAGAUUGAGGAAUUGCGCGACGCGUUGUACGAGCCCACAUCGGAGGCGGAGGACGGCAGCCUGACAGAGGAUCUCACCAUCGAGAGCGUCUGUGCCAAUUCGCAACCUGUACCUCGUGGCUUGGGGACCAACGCCGCUGUCAUGGGCUUCCGCUCACUGGCAUCAUCCCUGACGGCGCUCCACCCCUCUCUGUCGGAGUCGGUCGCGUUACUAGAGAUCUUCAAGCAAAACGUGGCUCCUCUGGUGCGAAUCUUCCACUUGCCCACCCUGUUACAGCUCUACUGGUACGCUGUGGCUUCAGUAGAUACAGUCGACAAGAACAUGGAGGCCCUACUAUUUGCAAUCUAUUAUUCUGCCGUGAUUAGCAUGAGCCUUGAUCAAUGCCUGACCAUCUUGGGCGUGGCGCGAUCUCAUGGAUUAAGAACAUAUCGCUUCGCAGUAGAGCAAGCGCUUGCACGCGCGAAUCUGCUUAACACUCAGAACCUGAUUCUCUUGCAGUCAGUUGUACUAUUUCUUACUGCACUCCGCAACGAGGAUGACUCCCGCACCGUGUGGUCCCUCACGGCUCUCAUCUUUCAUAUUGCACAGGAAAUGGGCCUGCAUCGCGAUGGAGCUACAUUCAACCUACAACCGCUGGAGACUGAGCUACGCCGGCGUUUAUGGUGGUAUAUCUGCCUGCUCGACAACCGGUCCUCUGAAUACCAUGGCUGCCAGCCCAUUGUCCAAGAUGAAUCUACUUUCGACACGCGUAUGCCUCUUAAUAUCAACGACAACGACCUGACCGCAGACAUGCGCGAGCCCCCCCCUGAACGCGACGGCGCCACUGAGAUGACCUUCUGCCUGAUCCGGUGCCAGGCAAUGCGCGUUAUGUGGAAAAUCGGCUACAUCCCCACCAGCAUGCCCGAUGCCCCGUGCCAGAAUCCCAACCAUUCGGCGAGCAACGGCAUCACCUCUCUCGCCGACCGGGAAGCGCUGGCCCAGGAGUUGCAAGUCCGCCUUGAGACACAGUACCUGCGCCAUUAUGUCUCUGAAGAUCCCUUCCACCACGUAGCCGUCGCCGUAACAAGAUUGAUCAUCGCCCGGACCUGGCUGGUCGUGUACUACCCCCAGGGCCAGACGGACGCGACCGCGACCGCGGGGAUCGUGUAUCCGCAUCAUAACGACCGUCUCUUCGAUCUUUCACUCCAGGUCCUCGAGCUCUCUAGCGCUCUCCUCACAAACAAGGAUAUCCAGCAAUGGUCCUGGCACUACCAGACUCAUUUCCAGUGGCAUGCCACCGUCUUCGUCCUCUCGGAGAUCUGCCGGCGGUCGCCAUCGCCGGAGUGCGAUCGCGCCUGGGAAUACGUCAAUGCCGUCUACGACCGAUGGAGCAUGAAAGAAAGCGAGAAGCGAGGCGCGCUGUGGAGGCCGAUCAUGCAGUUGAUGGCAAAGGCGCGAUAUGUAAGGGAGAUCCAGCACACUUCAUCGGGGUCUGGCUGGCGGCGUGAGUCGGGGAACGGCCUUGAACAACCCGACAAGGGGCUGAAUGGGGGAGAAAAUUGCUCGACUGUGGCGGAGGCGCGGUUGGAUUUUGGGGCAAGCGGCAUGCCCAGUGUAUUUUCCUUCGGCGGACUGGAUUCCCUGAUGGACAUAUUUCCUGACGGGAGUAUGGGCCAGCUGCGUCAGCAGGGGAUUGGGUAUUCAUUAAACGCUGCAGAUCUUAUCUAG